UUGUCGUGCACAAUCGUUUUCGUCGUCGUUGUUUCAUUACGUUCGUCUUGUUUAAUUACCUGAUAAAAAUGGUCCAAUUAAUACACCUGCAAUGGCCAUGACAACGGUGGCUGGCAGUAGUGCGUAGGGCGUCACAAACUGUGUGUUUUUGUGCUGUUUUUUUUACGGAAAGUGGUCCAACUCUCUCCUAUCGAAAAUGCUAGGUUGUUGCGGUUGCUGUUCGGCCUUGAGGCCCCGCUACAAGCGGCUGGUGGAUAACAUCUUUCCUGCCAAUCCGGAGGACGGAUUGGUGAAAUCAAACAUGGAAAAGCUCACCUUCUACUCGCUCCGAUCGCCGGAGAAGCUGGACCGCAUCGGGGAGUACCUCUACCAGCGCGCCUCGAAGGACAUCUACCGGAAGCGGUACAAGUUCGUCGAGAUUGCCAUGGAAGCGAUGGAUCUGCUGCUAAAGGCUUGCCACGCGCAGAUCCUGAAUCUCUUCGUCGAGUCAUUCCUGCGGAUGGUGCAGAAGCUGCUCGAAGACACCAACCCGACGCUGCAGAUCAUGGCCACCAAUUCGUUCGUGCGCUUCGCCAACAUCGAGGAGGACACACCGUCCUACCACCGCCGGUAUGACUUUUUCAUCUCGAAGUUUUCCUCCAUGUGUUACGGCAACAACGACGAUGUGGAGCUGCGCGAUAGCAUCCGCAUGGCGGGCAUCAACGGGCUGCAGGGCGUCAUCCGGAAGACCGUGUCGGACGAUCUGGUGGCGAACAUUUGGGAAAAGCAGCACAUGGAGAAGAUCGUACCGUCGCUGCUGUUUAACAUGCAGUCGGGCCCAUCGAAGACGACCGAUACGGAGGCGACACCAUCGACACCGCCACUGCUCGCUGAGGCCGUUAUCCGCGAGCUGGUCAGUCGCGCUUCGUUCGGACAUAUCAAAUCGGUUCUUAAACCUCUGCUCUCCCACAUGGACCACCACAAGCUGUGGGUACCGAAUCGGUUCGCGAUCGACACGUUCCGCAUUGUGAUGAUCUCCAUUCAGCCGCAGUACUCGUACACGGUCGUGGAAACGCUGAUGUCCCACCUGGACCAAAACUUGACAUCUUCCCCGAAGACACGCACCUCGCUCGCGGUGGUCCUGUCAAAGAUUAUCGCGAUCGCUGCGGGUGAGAGCGUGGGCCCAUCGGCGCUGGACAUUAUCAACAAUCUGCUGAUGCACCUGAAGACGAGUGUCAGCACCCAGCACGAAUCGACGCCGGAGGAAACGCAAUACCAGGAGGCACUCAUCAAUGCGCUCGGCGAGUUCGCCAACCAUCAUCCGGACUAUCAGAAGAUCGAAAUCAUGCUGUUCAUCAUGAACACCGUACCGGACCCGUCGAACAAGAGCCGCGGCGAUCAGCUGCUGCAAAACAUUCUGCUGAAGAGUUUGCUCAAGGUCGGCACCCAGUACCGAACGGUGUCGUUCGAGAAAGCGUUCCCGGUGUCGUUCCUGCAGCCGCUGCUAAAGAUGGCCCGGGCCGCCUCCAUCCCGAUUCGCAUCAUUGUGAUGCAGAUCUUCCAGCAGUUGCUCGAUCGGCAUCAAAACCAGCAUCUGCUGAACGUGAUCAGCGUGAGCAACUACUCCACGCUCACGAUCGAAACGCCGUCGCGGUCGGACAUUCUGUUCACGCACAAGUACGGCUCGAAUAUCCUGCAGGCCAUCAUCGAGAGCAUGUCGCAGGAGAACCACCUGGAGGUGCUAAAGUCGUCCUACAACACCGUGGCACUCGUGAUCGUCGAAAUGGCCUGCGGCGAAACGGUGCAGGAGUUUUUGCUGUUUGUACUGGGAGUACAGCAAGUGGCGGUGACGGAGGUCGAGCUAUCGCCAAAGCAUCGUUGCAAUCUGCACAGCAUUGCUAUUUCGUUGCUGAUCCUGCUGGGACGCUGUACCGCCAUCGGGACGCUGGUUGAGUACGCCGAGAAGUUGAUCCAGGCCCGAAAAGAGGAAGCGACCUACCUGCUGCCGCCGCUGAUGGACAACGACAAGAGUGCACCGAGCACGCUGAACACCAACCUGCCGCAUCUGCUGAUCGACAAGCUGGCGGUGGCGGAGUGUCUGCAGCAGGCGGGCCUGGAGGUGAACCGAAUCCAGACGGGCACACCGUACGCCCUGAACCAGACGGACAUUUCCGCCCAUCGGCACUCGUGGGUCGAUACUCACAGUGCCGUCCGUAACAGUGUGGUCGAUUCGAGCUACAACGACAUCGAAAGCAUCAGCAGCUCCCCCGGCGUCCAGAAGCGUUCGCUCGCGUCCGAGUACAACUUCGAGUCGAUGAAACGUGUCCUGGCGGAACCGACGGAAGCUUCCAAGCGGGAAGCACGGGAGAAGCAGAUGCAGAUCGGACGCACCUUCCGCGAGACUGCGUUCGAGGAUCUGGUGCGCCGUACCGAACCGAAGCACGACGUUAUUCAGAACAAGCUGAAUGAAAUCUUCAACGCGCUCUCGGCGGAACGCCAGAUUUCGGCCACGUGUGGUGUGCAGGCGGGAUCGCUGCUGGCCGCCAACGGACUAAACGGACCGCUCAUCGAUGGAACCAAGCAUGCCGGUCAGCGUCCCAUCUACGAGAACAACUUCCCGGAACUGUUCUUCUACUAGGACGAAGAAGUAAUGUAGUAUUAUUACGCACUCGGAAGUGGGGACGGUAGUUUUACGUUUGUUAUGGGUUACGCCUCGUCUUAUCAAGGGGGUUCUUUUUAAAAUGGCAAUCGGCAAAAGCAAUUGAUGUGUUCUCUUAUCUAUUCGUGAAGAAAUGAAAUUGUUCCUGUAUUUAUUCGGACGGAGCCAAGUAUGGUGGUAUGGAUUGGCUAUAAAGAAAUUCAAUAAAUGGUUGACUAAAACAAGCAGUUUCUUCACGAAUCAUGUCAUCCGAAAGCGCAAAACAAUUUCUCCUCGAACAAUAAAAGCCAA